AUGUUUACUCUCCGACAAGUUACUUUAACUUCAAUAACCAAGCGCGCAUUUUCCUCUUCAGCUGUUUCGCAAGCUGCUAAGGUCGCUGUUCUGGGUGCUGCCGGUGGCAUUGGGCAGCCGCUUUCUCUGCUGUUGAAGAAGAAUAAUCUCAUUUCUCAUUUGUCCCUCUACGAUAUUGUGAAUACACCUGGUGUGGCCGCGGACUUGAGCCAUAUUAACACAAAAGCCAAGGUCACUGGAUAUGUUCCUGAUAAUGACGGUCUUAAGCAUGCGAUUACUGGUGCAGAUGUUGUUGUCAUUCCGGCUGGCGUUCCGCGUAAGCCUGGUAUGACGCGUGAUGACCUAUUCCUUACAAAUGCUGGAAUUGUGCGAGACUUAGCCACAGCUGUUGCUCAGUAUGCUCCCAAAGCACAUUUAGCCAUUAUAUCCAAUCCCGUCAACUCCACUGUUCCGAUCUUCACAGAGGCGCUCAAGAAACACAAUGUCUAUGACCCUCGCAGAGUGUUUGGUGUGACAACUCUUGACAUCGUUCGUGCCUCACGCUUUGUAUCUGAGUUAAAAGACACUGAUCCCGCGGAGGCUAAAAUCACGGUUGUUGGUGGGCAUUCUGGUGUGACUAUUGUGCCAUUGCUCUCACAAUGUCCGUUCAGCUUUGCUGAAGAAGAAUUGAAAGCUUUGACUUACCGAAUUCAGUUUGGUGGAGACGAAGUAGUUAAGGCGAAGGCUGGCACUGGCUCUGCAACGUUAUCAAUGGCAUAUGCAGCUGCUCGAUUCACAGAUUCUCUUCUCCGUGCCGUUGUCAAUGGCGAAGAAGGGAUUAUCGAACCAACCUUUGUCAAGUCGGAUUUAUAUGCCAGUGAUGGCAUCGAGUUCUUUGCAUCCAACGUUGAGCUGGGCCCCGACGGUGUCAAGAAAAUCCAUCCUGUAGGAAAAGUUAGUGAUUAUGAGCAAGAGCUCAUCAACGCUGCAUUGCCUGAACUGAAGAAAAACAUCGAAAAGGGAAUCAAGUUUGCAAAAGAGAAUUAA